ACGCCCGCGCCCCCGCACACACGCCCGCACGGCCUUCUACACACCACCAUGCUAUCACCAUUUACUAGAUGCGCCCCUUUGACUGGAAUGAUAGGUUGUGAGGGUGUGUGGUGUGUGAGGAGGUGUGUGACUCCAAGGGUCUAUGUUGGGGGCUGGCCACGGCCGCCCUCAGGCCCCGGCACAAAGGUGGUUGGCAUGUUGUAUAUUUAGAUCACACCGCCCCGCUGAUAGGAUGAAAUUAUACAAAAUGUGCUGCAUCGCGACACCAUGUCUAUCCCGGCGUUUGGCUGUCCCUUCUGCUCCGCCAUCUUUGCAGAGGAGGAUCAAAUGCUGUGCCAUUUCCUGCAGGAGAGCAAUGAGCAAAGCUGUACUGGGGAGGCAGGCAAGCACAGCAAAGGAACCAGCCAAGACCUCUACAGAAUCAACCAAAAGGAGACGGUGCAGGUUGAGGUUGGUGACGACCCCAGCAACCCACAGGUAAUUGCCCCAGAUGGCACUACAGGGACCAACAAGAAGGCCGUCAAGGAGGAGAUCAUCAUUGACUGCCCUGAUGAAGACGUCCUGUGUGAUGACUCUAUGAAGGAGGAGUUGGUGUGCACUGCAGAACUGCCGGGCAUGGAUGAGGAGGAGGAGGAGAUAGGGUGUCCCUUGGCCCGCUCAGCCGGUGCCAACAUCCGUGUACCACCCAUCAAGCGUGCCACCAAGAUUGAGUAUAAAAAGAUGGUGGGGGAAUUGGCAGACAUGAAGACAGUCAGUCACAUUCUGCCAAUAAAUCAGAUGCAGUCUAUCUUGCAGUACCUUUCGGUGCAUUCUGACAUGGUGGUGGAGACAGAGAUGGGUAGCUUUGACCUACACAGGAUCAGGUACAUGGACUUCCUGCACCAGCUGCACCUCAACCGCACCCAGAUCCACGAGGAGAAUGAGUGGUUUGGGGAGAAGCUGAUGAUGCCCUUCCAGUGUGAGGAGGGCAUUGACAUGGAGGCCGUGUACAGGUUCCAUGAGGUGAUUCAAGACAACAGUUGUUCUGUCAAGGUGGGCUUGCCCUCCUGCACUGCCCUCGUGUCAGACCUGAUGGCCCUGCCGUGCGACCGCUGGCUGACGGAUGGCCUGCUGGAUUGCUUUGCCCAUUUGGUGCGACAGGUGGCGCUCUACCCUACCGAGGUGUUCAACGUGACUGAGCUGGCAGAUGUGAGCGAGGUGUGUGCCGUGCUGGACCAACGGUACCCAGACCGAGCUGGUCUGCAGGUGAUAUUCAUCUUGCACGUGGGCAAAGCCGAUCACGAAGCAGUGCACUCCCCUGAUGACCGCCUCUACACUGCCAGCCACUUCUCCUUUGCUCUUUAUAGCUUUGAUAACAAUGAGGUGGUGUAUGCCGACACCCUGGGCUGGAGUGUGCCUGAGCCCCUCUACUUCAUGAUGGACGAAUUCAUUGCCCACUUUGGCAAGCCUGAGCCAACCUUCUCCUGCUUGCAUGAUCCUGAGAGCAUGGUGAAUGGAGAGAGCCAUGUGUGCUCUAAGCGGUGUGCUCUGUAUCCGGUGGAGCAGGCCGAUGCUGCGUACGGUCUGGCAGUGGUGGUGGGGUUCUGUCUUGCUGCAGUGGACAAGGAUGCAUUUGGGCUCAUCACAGCAAAGGCAAAAGAUGUGGUGCAACCCAACAAGCUGGAUUACCUGCAGGAUGUAACACAGUAUUCCAAGUUUCUGCGCCUUGUUCUCAUCACUUGGCUCAUGCAGGGAGACAUCAAUGUUGCCAUGCUGUACCAGGAAGGCUCGUCUCGCCGGGGACCUCGUCUCAGCCUGCGCCGUCGCAAGAAGAAGGUGCCUUUUGGGGCCACCCCAGAGAGCAGCCCUGAACGAGAGGUGCCAGCCGUGAGUGGGGGUCACAGCACGCGAGCCGCAGCAUCCAGGGCCUCCACUCCUCCAGAAAGCCUCAAUUUUACCAAUGUGAGUGACCUCCUUACUAAACCACCAGAAGUGGGCUACCUCAAGAAUUACUCUUGCCUACGUGUCCGCUUCUACCUCAAGAAUGGCAAAAUUGUCACCAAGAGAUUCAAAUGCAACUUGUCCGGCAAGAAGGAUGCCAGAGCCCUCAAGAAGGUGCAGGACUACGUCAACAGGAAGGAUGUGUACAUCUAUCUGAAGCACCAGUCUGGAGUGCUGCCAAAGCACAGGAAGAACUGGCUCAAGAGUAGAAAUGAAGCUGUCAAUGCCAUUCUUCUCAAGGCAGAGCUUGUGACGCAGGGUGCCGGCAGCCUCAGGCUCCGUUGCACCCUCAAGAACGGCGUCACCAAGUCUAAGAUAUACAAUGGAGAGAAGGACGAUCCCAAGGUGAGGUCGGACGUGCUGGAGUUCCUGAGCAGCAGGAAGUGUGAGGAGUGGCUGAAGGAGGAGAGGAAGUGGGUGUACCUGGAGGAAGUUAACCCGGGUGUGGACACCAGGAUGUACAUCGACAGUAUUCCCUUCGACGUGAAGAAGAAGUGCAUCAAGGUGGACCGACGUGUGAGGCCAGUGAGCGACGCAAGCACUCUGUCAGUGUCGGUGGAGGCCAAUCCCAAUUGGGGCAAGCUCCACCGCUACGACGAGACAUACAUCAUGAAGGAUGAGAAGGUCCGGCCUCGAGACCGCUUCAUUGCAGUGACCAUGAUCCUGCAGUGCGCUUCUCUUACCACUGAAUGCCGUAGCGACUGUGGCGUUCCUCUCAAGUCCAUCACCACCCACGGCAAGCUGUGCAGCGGCUGUCAGCUCAACCUGGACUCGGGAAGGACUUGCGAGGGUUGCUUCACCACUGACAGCCCUCACUGGUACUCCAGCGACGUUGCCGCCACUCUCUGCAACGCCUGCUACCGUGCCAACGGCCGCCGCAAGACUCAGCGUCGCAAGGACAAGAUCCAUCACCCGCACCUCAAGUGUAAGUGGAAGCUAAAGUUUGAACUGGAUCAAGACCUCAAGACUUGGAAGGUGCACAAGGGUGCUGCCAAUGAGUUCUAUCACCACAGGGAGCCAGUUGGAGAGAGGAAGAGACCAACAUGGGCUGAGCGAGAUGUUUGGGACAAGGCGAGGAUUCUCUCCAACGCAACAGCACACGAGAUAUACAGCUCCAUGCAGAGAGGAAUGCCGCUCCUUCCCUCAUCAGAUCCCAACAAUGCCAGUCAGGCCCUGGGCCAGAUAACGCGCAGGUGUAAAAGUAUAGACAAAAAGUACCUUCACCUUGCAAUGAACUGGAGAAAGGAUCCUAACCCCACUUGUUCAGACUGGAGGAAGGCUGAGAAGGUGCUAGAGAAUAACUUUGAAAAUGUGCUGCACUACCAGCGGGGAGACAAACUACUCAACAGGGACUACCGCAUCAUCCUGGCCACUGAUGCCAACCUACUGGCCCUGCGUGAUCUGGGCUGUGAGGUGAUUGGCGUGGACUCCAAGGAAGACUUCAUGAAUGGUUGCUUCAAGACCCUCUUUGUCACCUACUAUGACCAAGCGGGCCAGGAGGAGGUGGCAGUGUCGGCUGUGUGUAAUAGGGAAUCUGAGGAAACCUACAACUUGAUGUUCCAGAUGAUGGCUGCCAACAUUCCGUGCAAGGACCCGACCUGCACACACCCAAAAGUUUUGCACAUCUACAAUGAUGAGAACGGCUUCUUCUGGGUGCGACCGUGCUCCUCCAAAGCAGAGUUCCGCCCGCUCGUUCAGCACGAAAACAAGAAUGAGUUGCGAAAUGCAGUCACACAUAUGCUCUGGUUUUCUUCCCUAUAUAACUUCAACACCCUGGAGACUGUGAAAGCACAGAUCUCAUCCAUGGACGGCCUGCAGCUGCUGCAAGUCCCUAUAGAGUUUGGCUUUAAAUGUGUCCUCCAGGGGUGGAACAAUGAGAUGAGGAGGAGGCUGGAGCACAGCUACAAGGAGUUUGUGAUGAAUGUGAUACCAGAGCCCUUGGUGACUCACUCUAACAGAGAGUCUUUCAUACUCUUCUUGGAGAAACUGUGGUUUGACACUCCUUUCAGUGAUAGCUACACAUGCCAGGUGAUGUUCAGGGUUCCUGCCUCCCACCGUAAGAAUGGCCUGCUCUCCAUUGAGCAUCUGCCGGAGAGGAGAGUGAGGGAGACGGACGAGCCAGACACUGGUGCCAGAAACAAGAGGAUGUCCCACUAUGUAGUGAAGCUGUUGAACAAGGUGCUUCACCGCGGCAUCUUCCAGGAACAGCACUCAGGAGACUCCAGGCUCAGCUUUGAUGACCGCAAGGACAGGGAAAUUCUUGCCAUCCAGAAGGCUUUCAGACUCUCUGAGUUGGGAGGUGUAACAUGCCACCAGGGGUGGGAGGAGCAUGGCUUUGUCUCAGUCAGUGCUGGGCAGCCUGAGGAGGAGUUUGAAAUAGAUGAAGAGGAAGAUGUUCCUAUUCUGACCAGUCCUGCUCACACCAAAAAAAUGUUGCAGGUACAGGUGGAGGAAGACAACAGUGACCCAGUGACCCGAGCCAACUCUGUGAUGGGCCACCUCAAGGCCCUUGCCCUGAACCUGUACCGUCAAGAAGUGAUGUGCUACCUCCCUCCCCGGGUGAAGUGCACCAUCACCACCAAUGAGCACAUCUGUAAUGUACACCUCAGGUCCUGCACCUGCUACUUCUUCAUUGACAGGGGCCAGAGUGAGCUGUGCCGACACCUGCUGGCGGCACUCAUCACCACCCGCCAGCUGGGGGACCUGGAGGGUGUGCUGGCGGAGACUGCCACCUGGUGCCCCAAGGUUCCUGUGCCCCUCAAGUCUUGCAUAAGCUUUAACAGGACCAUAGCAUUGCCUGGCUUCUUAACAAACAAGGUGGAGUGCCUGGAGGGCGUGUCUCGUGUCGCCUCAGAGGUGGACCUUGAGUUAGCAAGGCAAGGACAGAUCCUCAAAGUUCUACAUGGCUCCCCAUCCUCUCCCACCUCCUCCUCCUCCUCCUCCAAGAAUGGAAGCUACCGUGCUCAGGAUGGCUCCACGGUGGUCAGGAAGUAUGCUGUCACUGACCUGGCUGACCCGUACUGCCCCAAUAUUGAGUUCCCCAAGAGCCUGCGUGGGCGGCGCAGCGGGAAAAGCGUGAAGAAGGGCGUCAAGCGGGGCGUGUUGGAGACGGAGGCAGCAACAGAAGCCGUGGAGGAAGAGACUAAGAAGAUGAGGGUUGGAAACAAUGAAAGUGAGUGUCAAGAGUUUGGGGAGAACAAUGUCUUCUAUGUCACCCUUCCUGAUGACACAGCUGAGGAAUUGCAUGAGGUGGGAGGGUCAGAGGAGUCACGAGAGGUGCGUGACGGGGAAGCCAGCAUGUACCACGCCAAGGGCUUUCCCUCCAUAGUGUGUGGAAAGUGUCUGGAUGAAAACAAGGGAAGCCCUCAGCUGUGCUACUCCCCAGCUGAGUUGCAGACCCACAUAGAGAAGGAACAUCCAGAAAAGACGCUGGUGUGUGCCUUCUGCUACUUCAACAAUGUGUCCAUGCGCUUUGCGACCAUCAGGGAAUUCAAUGAACACCUGCUGCAGGAACAUUAGUCUGUCUGUGUGUGUGUUGGAGACAGACUUCACCUGUGAUCAUUGCACACAAUGGCAGUGUUUUCUAUGCAGCCACCCUCUCACUAGACUUCAAAUUUUUGUUUAUUGUUUGUUUAACCCCUUCAGCAUCAUGACGCAUUUACAUAUUCACUCUGGUUACUAUGUGGUGAUUUAAUACAGUUUCAGAAAUUAAUUUGGGGAAUAAUGAUAGUGAAGGUUGUGGCCAUUAAUCUUCUGACCUCCAUAGACCCUAAUGUUGAUAAAAUUAUCUAAUCAUAUGCAAAUCUCAAGGUAAAAUUGUGUCCCAGUACUGAAGGGGUUAAAUGGAAUCAACAUAUUGUUUUCAAGAAUGAAAAGUUGCUGCCAAGGUUUUUCCAUCUGUGAAAUGUCUUAUGGAGAUGUUUCCAUAACCUAAAACAAAUUAAAAUUUUCCUAUUUUAUUCUUAAUAUUUAUUAUUAUGUUUGCAUAUAUUCAUUAGAGCACUUCAUGCUAAAAUAUGUUGGUUAAAGUGAAGAUGCAGCACAUGUAUACGAAACUAAACAUGCUAUGACACAGGAGGUUAAUUGCAGCCACACUAAAGUACAUUAUGCAAGUUACUUCAAAGUGACUUGAUGCAUCAUAGUUUGUUUUGCAUUUAUUUAUGUUGUAUUGGAUAUAAAUAGAAUGUCAGACUUAUGGUGUUCCUUGGUGGAAUAUAGUGGGAAACAGAAAGGGUACAAUGCUGUCCAUAGGAAGUAAGUACAAUCAUGCAACAUAUGUUGCUGUUUAUUUUGGAAGAAUUGGAUGAAUGUUAAAUAGUAUUAUCAGUGUGAAGGAUUUGUGUAGCUUUGAGAGAAUGGAGUGUGGCAAGGAAGGUACUAGCCAGGGAUGCCAUAGGUGCCAGGGUUGCUGGACCUGUGGUGGGGUAAAAAAAACAUCCAGUCUUGAUGGAAUGUCCAUAUUGGAUCUCAGGACGGUGAAAAGUAAAAAUUAUUCACAGCUUGAAACGUCAUAUCAUAUAGACAUGUUCUGUAUUGUUUCUCUCUCUGUACUUGAUGGAAGGUGAUGCUAGGCUGGAUACCUACUCACUCAUCCAUAUUCAUAGUGUACUGUACACUCUUGAUCACUCUCCCAUACAUCAUGACAUCACUGUCAUUGCUCUGCUUAACUGUGUACUCAUCACAUCACAUGAAGCCAUACAAUCCCUGUUGUCUGAUACUUCUUUGGACAUUUCACUCACUCCGGAUGGUGAUGGGGACUCAUUGCUGUUGUCUUAAUUCUUAGAGAGAGAGAAAGAGAGAGGGAUGUGAGAGGCUCUCAGAAUGGUGACUAGUACCCUGAACAGCUCAACUGUGGCAAAGUUUAGUUGUAGAGAGGUGUAGCAGCUGUCGGAGCUGUCUGUCAGUAGUAAAGGAAGAUGUUGGGUAUUGUUCAUGGUGACCAGCCAAUCAGAGUGGCUCAGAACUCAAGUUUGAGGUACUCGGCUUUCCAUCCCUAACACAGUGCAUUGAGUGAGGUGAAUGUUAGGAGUCCUUGCCUGUAGUGCACACUGGCCCCACACUGGAGGCAUGAAGCAUUUAUGUAAUUUGAGUGAGGUUGACUGGAAUGGCUUGUGGAAGGUGAUAUGGUAUAAUCAUGCAUUUUGUCAUUGGUAAUGCUUAAUUGACAUUCAGCUGGUGUGAAGGCCUGGAUGUUUACUGGCCUAGGGUGAAGAUGAAGCUAUUUUUGUUAAGAUUUCAACCAUGCACUUGUAAAUUUGUGUAUAUACAUGAAUAAAGUAUUUCCAUUAA